CUUCUCCGCAAUCCCGCUCUCCGCAAAAUGCAGCUGUAGCCGGACCCGCGAUUCUCCCACCCUUCGCUGCCCCACGAGUUGCGGAUCGUCUCUCCCACUAAAGGCAAACCGGAGCACCAGCCGCAUCGGCAUCCGCUUGCUGGUCCAUUGUACGCAUGCCGAGUGCUAACACAAGAUGGACGAACAGAGAGACAGAGGCGCAAUGGUACUAUCCACCCAGACAGCGGCGAUUACUAUGUGACGGCGGCAGGGUGUUAUCGGCCAGCAAAAGCCCGAGUAAGCGCAAGUUCAAGAAUCCCUAAGCGGUGGAGGGGUUCGGGAGUUCAUCCUGGGUCAAGAGUCCUUGACCAUUUCCAGUCAUCGCCGAAGCCGCCCUUCUGAAUAUCCAACCCUAGAUACUAUCGAGUUCUCAUGGAGCAGGAGACAUCACGAGGAACCUAAGCACAUCGUUCUCUGCUACGCUGAAACUUUGUCCGACAUUAUCGUUGCAGCGAAAGGAUCCGAAGGAACGCCAUUUCAUCGUUAACUCAGCAUUUGUGUUGGGGUUUCAUAUCCCAAUUGAGAUUAUUUUCAAUUGCUCGCUGCAGCCAUGGCCUGGUCCAACACCUUCCUGAUCUGGUCCGGCGUGACAGCCACGGUCCUGGUCGGCGUCCUCGCUGUGCUGAUCCACGACAUAAUCCUAUGGAAACGCAUGCCUCCAGGGCCUCGGCCGUUGCCAUUCAUUGGCAACAGACUGGACGUGCCCAAGAAAUACCCAUGGAUCAAGUUUGAAGAAUGGGCACGCACAUACGGCCCCAUUUUCACGGUAUGGUUCGGGCGACGCCCGACGGUCAUCAUCUCGGACCCCAUUGUGGCCGUGGAUCUGCUGGAAAAGCGCUCGAACAAAUACAGCUCACGGCCGCGGUUUGUCGUCAUGGGCGAGAUCUUCUGGGACAUGUCGAGCAUUCUGGUCCAACCGUACGGCAAGGACUGGUCGGUGCGGCGGAAAGCGCUGCACAGCGUGCUGACACAGCGGGCCUUGUUGAAUUACCGGCCGGUUCAGGAAGCAGAGGCGACGCGGCUGUGCCAUCAACUACUCCAGCGUGGCCCGGUGCCCGACGACCUCGACGACGCGCUGAACAGAUACACCUCUUCCAUAGUGUUUACCAUUGCCUACGGCCAUCGCAUUGACAGCAUGCAGUCGCCGAUCAUCCGGCAACGCAUGAAGAUCAUGCACUGGAACGCCGCGGUCAAUGUCCCUGGACGCUACCUCGCCGAAUCGUUCCCAAUCCUCAAACAUGUGCCGGAUGCUUUGGCGCCGUGGAAGCGCGAGGUAAAAUCCUGGGGCAUGGAAGAGGCCGCUGCCAACGCUCAAUUGCUGAAUUACGUGCGUGAGGACAUGGAGAACGCAAAGAGACCAGGUGCACCGCCUUUGCCCAAUAGCCUUGCCAAGCAGCUGCUUGGUGCGCGGGACGCGGAUCCUGCGGCGUUUGCAUCGUUGCGCGACCGCGACUUCGCUAGUCUACCGUCCUCGGUCUUUGGCGCCGGGGCCGACACCACGUCGUCGACGCUGUCGUCGGCAAUUCUGGCUAUUGUCACCAAUCAGGACGUCCUGACAGCCGCCCACGCCGAGCUCGACGCCGUCAUUGGGCCGAACAGACUGCCUGAGUUCGGCGACGAAGCUUCCUUGCCUUACAUCAGGGCAUUGUGCAAAGAGGCUCUGCGAUGGCGGCCCGUAGCUGUCCUCGGCGGCACGCCGCACGCCACCACCGAGGCAGACGUGUACCAGGGCUACUACAUCCCCAAGGGGACCAACAUCUUGGGAAACAGCUGGGCAAUCAACCGCCACGAAAGCUACUACCCAAACCCGGAUCACUUCAACCCGUUGCGCUUUCUGGACACGGACCCGCACGACUUGGGCUAUCUGCCUGCCUCGUAUCUAGCCAACACGCCUUUGGAGAAGGGCCGGCCACACCCCAGCAAACUCGGCCACAGCAGCUUCGGAUGGGGUCGACGUAUCUGUCCUGGAGCCGAUCUGGCGUCGGCCAACUUGUACAUCGCGCUGUCACGCGUGCUGUGGUGUUUCGACAUCAAGCCCCUCAAAGGCGUGGUGUACGACACCUAUGACUACACCGACGGGUUCAAUACUCGUCCGAACCCGUUCAAAUGUGAGAUCAAGGUGCGAAGCCCGCAACACCAAAAGGUCCUGCAGGAUGCAUUUGCCGAAAGCCAGAGCUACCUGGAGAAGUAUUUCCCGCUGUUCAAGGAGCAUGAGAUUGUGGUUUGAAGAGAUCCAAAAAAAAUGUUUUGCGACUGGUGUGCCGAUCAAGGCAGACUGGCCGCAUAGCCCUCAUUGUGCAUAAUAUCGUGUCUGGUGGCAGAAAAUGCGUAAUUCUGGCCGACCCCACUAUCUUGCUCCCUGCAUUCUUUUGAUUCUCUCCUCGGCAGCCCUGGCUCUCCUUUCUCUCUCCAGCCUCAUUUUCAUCUCAGGGGUCAGGCCUCUGGUCUCUUCUUCGCGUUUCUCUGCGCCAGUUUUCUCGAUUGCUGCGGCCAAGGUCUUGCCGGCCCCGGCCUUCUUUUCGAUACGGUUGACAUUGCGGCGUUCUUCCUCCUGCCGAAUUUGCUCUAGCUCGGCUUUCCGACGUCGAGCCUCAGCGGCUUCCGAAGCCGCUUUCUCCUGUUGCGCCUUUGCGUCGGCUUCUUCUUGGCUUAGAGGUGCUGGGACACGGGCUUGAGUCCAGUCCCAUGCGCUCUCUCCUAGUUGGUGGCGCGCGAUGCGGAACGCAUCUCUCGUCUUGGUGUCGCCCGCAAUCUCGUAUGGCGUCUUGCCGUCGCCAUUUUUGAUCGUGGGAUCCGCCUUUGCUUUCGUAAGCAAAGCCAACACCAAUGCAGGAGAAUUAGUCGCCGCGGAAAGGUGUAGGAGUGUGGGUGCGUGGUGGUGUUCGCCUGGGGGGAAGAACGCAAAGUUUGGUGACAGUUGAUUCUUGGUCAGAUAGAGUAAUACACCUGGCGCCUUUGACCGGCGGAUCAGGGCUUGUAGUUGAGAAGUAUGGAAUUGAGCUGUCUCAUCCUCC